ACUAUUUCAGCUUUAUAAAUUUUGACGACUCCCAGCGGAAAAAGUUCCUUUCUUCUUCGUCUUCUCUUCUUCUUCGAUCCCUAACCAAACCUCAUUUCUCUCUCUCCACGCCCCCUCUUUCUCCUCUCACUCCACUUUCCCUCUAUCUCCUCUCCCCAUUCGUCUUGCCUGUGAAUCCAGGCUUUUGUGGGUUAUUCUGUGAUGGAAAAUGGCAUUGGCAUUGCAGAGGAUGCCAAGCUAGACGAUAGGAAUGCCAAAAACAAUGAUGAACCAGAGCCCAAUGUAAAGGAACAUGUCCACUCGAAGUUGGAUGGAUCAAACUGCUCUCAUGAUGAAGAAGUAUUUGAGGAGGCCGUUGAGGCCAAAACCCCGAUCAAUGGUCCUGGAGAUAAGCUAAUUGCUGAAGGGGAAAAUUCUGAAUCAAUUAGAACUUUGGAAAGAAAUCCAGAUGAAUUUUAUGAAACUGUUGGGACUCCAAUAGUUAUGGGCUCAGAUGACCCUGGGGUCAAGCCUGAUAUUGUAAUGAAUGAGGAGAAUCAUGAUGACAAGGAAAUUGCUACAGAGAAAGUUGUGAGGGACGAAAGCAAUGGAUUGGUGGACGAGAUUAUUACAAAGGAAAAUGGCCAUGAUGUUGUGGAUGGUGAUUAUAAAGAAAUUGGUGAGUUGGCUGCUGUUGCUAGUGAACCUGAGAAUCUGGAUGACAAAAAUGAGAAGUUGGAGAAGUCCAAUAAAGAGUUCGAGGAUGACCAAUCAUAUAAAAAAAUGAGCUUUCUUGAAGCUUUGACUUCUGGGGAUACAAAAGUUGCUGAUAUGGACAAUACAGAAAAACUGAUUCCUGAGAAUCCAGAAACUUCAGAGUCCAAUAAGCUAAUCAGAGCUGAGGCUGACCCUGAGAAGCUUGAAGUUAAGAAAUCUCCUGCCACUAUAACAGAAACUCAUGAUGACGGUAAAGUAGGAGGUGAUGCUGCUUACAUCAAUCGUGAAAAUGAUACCUCGGACUAUGAGGAUUUGGUAGGCACUUUGGAUCAUGAAAACGUGAAGAGUGAAUCUGUUGAUGUACUGGAAGAUCAUAUUUAUGAGAUAUCGGUGGAUAUUAAAGAUCAAAAUGGGGAAAAAGGAAGUGAAGCUGGCAUUAGGUCAGAGUCUGAGUCCAUUGAGGAUGCUUCUCAUGACAAUGAACAGAAUGCUGUUCUAGGUCCUGGACACCAGCAGGAAAAACAUGAAACUGAGUCAGCUAAUAUGCAUCUUGGACUUCAAGAGGAUCAGGUUAUGGAGGAGGAGAAGUUGUGUAUUUCUUCUGCCAAUCCCAAAGAUGAUGAGACCAUCGAACUGAAGAUGGUAGAUGUUGAAUUUGUGCAAGGUGAUAAAAUUGAUACUCAGCAUGUGGAUCAGAAAGAAAACAAUUCUACUUCGGCUUCAGAGACUGAUCAUGCUAAAGAAAGUGCUGGAGUCGAAAGACUCGAAACUAACUUGCAUGCUUUCGAUGAUACCACCCUGGUCAAGGAGAUACCAGAAGUUAUCCCUCAAUCCAGCUCCUCACCUAAGUUAUUAGCAAAAGGUUCUAGUUAUUCUCAGCCAAAUCUUACCGAUUCUAGUGCUGAAGUGAGUGCUAAAAUUAAUGAAAGACCAGAACAGGUAGGAAAGGAAGAUGAAAAACCAGAAGUAUCUUUGUCGGAGAAUAAAGAUGAACAACAGGAAGCAUCUUUGUCUGGAAAUAUACGACAGGAAGUCAGACCAGGUAUUGGUAUCUUAUCAUCUGCUGGAAACUCUUCUUCAGCUGACUUUUCUCCUGCUCAUCCAGCCAGCUUUAAGGAUUCUGCUAAGGUACAGGAACCUGUUUCUCAGGAUAAUACAGCAAUUGCAACUCAGGAGCCUAAACCUGCAGCAGACAUAUCCUCCUCUGCUAAAUCUGUAACUACUCAUUCUUCUGGUGUGAGGCAUAAUAUUCCGCUGUUAGAGCCUACUCCUCAAAAUAAGAACAACAGGUCCAGGUCCGCGACUGAUACUUCGUCUGCAAACAGUAACUCAGCAACUCCUUCUCGUCCCGCUGGCCUUGGGCGUGCUGCACCACUAUUAGAACCCAGCUCUCGGGUAGUGCAGCAGCCCCGAGCAAAUGGAGCUGUUUCUGCUACGCAGAACCAACUUAUUGAGGAUCCCACAAAUGGGGAAACUGAGGAGUAUGAUGAGACCCGUGAAAAGCUCCAGAUGAUUCGUGUCAAAUUUCUACGUCUUGCACAUAGACUUGGUCAGACUCCACAUAAUGUUGUUGUGGCUCAGGUCUUGUAUAGAUUGGGCUUGGCCGAACAGCUCCAUGGGAGAAGUGGGGGACGUGUUGCUACUUUUAGCUUUGAUCGUGCAAGUGCAAUGGCUGAGCAGCUUGAAGCAGCUGGACAAGAACCCCUGGAUUUUACGUGUACCAUCAUGGUUCUUGGGAAAUCAGGAGUUGGCAAAAGUGCAACUAUUAAUUCCAUAUUUGACGAGGUAUUUUUUGGUACUGAUGCUUUUGAGUUGGGCACAAAGAAGGUUCAGGAUAUUGUUGGGACUGUGCAAGGAAUCAGGGUGCGUGUGGUUGAUACACCUGGACUUCUUCCUUCUUGGUCAGACCAACGUGAAAAUGAAAGAAUCCUUCGUUCGGUCAAAAACUUUAUCAAGAAAACACCCCCUGAUAUUGUUUUGUAUCUUGAUAGAUUGGACAUGCAAACCAGAGAUUUUGGUGAUAUGCCAUUGCUGCGGACGAUCACUGAAACAUUUGGACCAUCUAUUUGGUUCAAUGCCAUUGUUGUACUGACUCAUGCUGCAUCCGCUCCGCCUGAAGGGCCCAAUGGCACUGCAACAAGUUAUGAUAUGUUUGUGACACAGAGGUCUCAUGUUGUUCAGCAAGCUAUACGUCAAGCCGCUGGAGACGUGCGGCUAAUGAAUCCUGUUUCUUUGGUAGAGAACCACUCAGCUUGCAGGACUAACAGAGCUGGGCAGAGGGUGUUGCCCAAUGGUCAGGUUUGGAAGCCUCACUUGUUGCUUCUGUCGUUUGCUUCGAAAAUUCUAGCUGAAGCAAAUACUCUCCUAAAGUUACAAGAUACGCCUCCUGGGAGGCCUUUUGCCCCUCGAACAAGAUCACCUCCUUUACCUUUUCUUCUAUCAUCUAUUCUCCAAUCAAGACCUGAAGUUAAACUUCCCUCUGAGCAAUUUGGUGAUGAAGAUGAUGAUGAUAUAGAUGAUGGUUUAGAUGAAUGCUCAGACUCAGAAGAAGAUUCGGAAUAUGAUGAAUUACCUCCAUUCAAACCGUUGACUAAAGCUCAGCUGGAGAAGCUUAGUAAAGUGCAAAGAAAGGCAUACUAUGAUGAAUUGGAAUAUAGAGAAAAACUUUUUAUGAAGAGGCAACUCAAGGAAGAGAGGAAGCGGCGGAAGAUGAUGAAGAAAAUGCAGGAAGCUGCUAAGAAUAUGCCUGCUGAAUAUGGUGACAAUGGUGAAGAAGAGACAUCAGCUGCUGCAUCUGUACCAGUUCCAAUGCCAGACUUGGCCUUGCCUGCUUCAUUUGAUUCUGAUAAUCCGACUCAUAGAUAUCGAUCUCUUGAUUCCUCGAACCCCUGGCUUGUGAGAGCUGUCCUAGAACCCAAUGGUUGGGAUCAUGACAUUGGAUAUGAUGGCAUAAAUGUUGAGAGAUUAUUUGUGGUUAAGGAGAAGGUACCAAUAUCUUUCUCUGGUCACAUUUCUAAGGACAAAAAGGAUGCAAACCUUCAAAUGGAAGUUGCAAGUUCAGUGAAGCAUGGAAAAGGAAAAGCAACAUCUCUGGGCUUUGAUAUGCAAUCUCUUGGAAAGGACUAUGCUUAUACUUUACGAAGUGAGACAAGAUUCAGCAAUCACAGAUUUAAUAAGGCAACUGCUGGUCUCUCAGCUACUGUUUUGGGGGAUGUUGUAACUGGUGGACUGAAGUUAGAGGAUAAAUUAAUAAUUGGCAAGCGUGGACAGAUUGUUGUUUCCGGGGGUGCUAUUUAUGGUCGAGGAGAGGUUGCCUAUGGUGGUAGUUUGGAGGCAACCCUGAGGGACAAAGACCAUCCUUUGGGACGAUUUUUAUCAACUUUUGGACUUUCUAUCAUGGAUUGGCAUGGAGAUGUUGCUAUCGGGUGCAAUUCCCAGACGCAGAUCCCUAUUGGUCGACAUUCAAACUUGAUUGGCCGUUUUAAUAUCAAUAACAGGGGUUCUGGACAGUUUAGCAUCAAAAUCAACAGUACAGAGCAGCUGCAGAUAGUAUUAGUUGGCCUAGUUCCACUGGUAAAAAAGAUACUGGGUUAUUCUCAACAGGCGCAGUAUGCAUAAAGAUGAAAGUGGAUAGAAGAAGAUAGCAACUCUUGAGUAUUCCAAAUAGCUUCUGCAAUGGCAUACACAUUGCACGAUCAGCAAUCAACAUAGGUACAGGAUCUCAUGCUUUUCGUGGCAGUGCAGGUCUUGCUGUUUGUUUCUUGAGAUGCAUCGUGAUAAAUGAUUAUAAACGACAAUGUUUUAUUAGCUUCUAAAAUUGAAAGGGUGUUAUUAUUUAUUAGAUAUAUGACAUAGACCCUGCUGUGUUGCCUCAUUUGAGGGGGUAAAAAAAAAAGCGAACUCUCUUAGGUUUCAUCAGCGCUUUAUUUACUAAUGUCUUUGUUCAUAAGGGAAUAGGCUUUUCUGCUUGUCAUGUGGAGCUGUGGGAUAUGUCUACAGCAAAAUGCUUUAAUUUGUUAGAAUCUAAAUUAUUUCAUUCAUAUGCAAUGCAUAAAAUCUUAUGUCAUUAUUACAUAUUUUGAUUAGUGGUAGUAUGAAUCCUGCUCAUCUCAUGCGCUCUCUGUUCUUCCUCGCUUUUUGGUUUCUUUCCCAAGUCAACCUGAUCACGCUGCGGAUACUGCGUUGUUGCCUUGCAGGUAGGUAGAAGAGAAGAAAUCGAUACAGAAUUGUCCCGGGAAUUAGCAUUUGGCCUGGCUCCAGAAGCAGAAGAUGUCACAUUCUUCGGUUAUUUUGAAGAACUUAACUGAAAUUUACUUUUAUUUGAUCAAGGGUGUAUUGUUAUGGGAUUUGGUCUAGUUCAGAGUUUUGUAGGAUGUUAUCACUGUUGCGAUUAAAUGAGGAUAUUUUUGUGA